CUUUCUUAAGUUUUGCAAACACUCCCUGUUAUGCGCAUCGGGUUUUGCUAUGCGCACCAUCGAGCCGUAGCUGCUGAUCACCGCGAAGAUGACCGGCGCAAAUGCCAGUGCGCCAACCAAACACCUCGCCGCUUGUUGUAUAUCGCACGAGUUCUACAGACGCGCUUCAGCUAACCCAAGCAGGAUUGCAGUGAUACACGCGUCCGGUGGUAGUCGGCUAUUCCAAGAAUUCCACCGCCUUCACUCUGACCAAACCUUUACCGACUUUGAUGAGCUCGUGUCAGAGAAGAGGACUUCACAUCGCCCUACAAUUUACGAAGGCGACAUAUGCUUCACUUUUUCUGACAUUCUAUCAGCGGUUGAUGCUCUCAGCGCUAAGCUCCGCCGGGUUCUCAACUGCACCGAUGAUUCACGUCUUAUUAAACACGAUGAUUCAGGCAAUGACUUUCACAGGGAUCAGUUAGUACAACACUUCAAUGAAUCUCAGAAGACGUAUACUCCAAGAGUAAUAGGAAUAUAUAUGGAGCCAUCUAUUGAAUAUAUUGUUACUGUCCUCUCUGUACUGAGAUGUGGAUAUGCUUUUAUGCCACUGGAGCCAUCAUGGCCUAAUGAGAGGAUAUCACAGGUACUAUCUUCUUCAAAAGUGGACCUCCUUGUGGGUUGCGGGUCUCUAGUUAACAGUAGUUUUCACUGCAUCGAUAAGUUAGAUUGGCUCAUAGAUGAUGGAAGAUGUCCUGUAUUGCCUAUAUAUAUGGAAGAUUACAUCCAAAAGAAUGAUUCUGGUCCGUUGAAUUUAGUCUGGCCAUGUGAAAGAGAAAGGUUAAGAUCAUUCUGUUACUUGAUUUACACAUCUGGGUCUACUGGGGAGCCUAAAGGUGUAUGUGGCACUGAAGCAGGUCUUCUGAAUCGCUUUUUUGGGAUGCAAGAAUUGUACCCCUUACAAGUAGAAGAUCAGUUGCUCUUUAAAACAUCAAUAAGUUUUAUUGAUCAUUUGCAGGAGUUUCUUGGAGCUCUGCUAGCCACCUGUACGUUGGUUAUACCCCCUUUCAAUCAGCUGAAAGAAAAUUUGUUUUAUAUUGUCAGUUUUUUGAAGGAUUACUCGAUCAGCAGGAUUAUAGCUGUUCCGUCAUUCAUGAGAGCAAUAAUUCCUACACUAGAAAGUCUAUAUUUUAGGAGAAUUCAAAGUUCUUUGAAAGUUUUAGUAUUAAGUGGUGAAACUUUACACCUUUCAAUGUUGAAGAUCCUUGUUGAGCUACUGCCCCGGACUACUAUUUUGAAUUUAUAUGGGAGUACAGAGGUUUCUGGUGAUUGUACAUACUUUGAUUGCAAGGAUUUGCCUCUCAUCCUGGAGCAUGAAAAUUUGAGUAGUGUUCCAAUUGGCUUGCCCUUGUACAACUGUGAUGUUCAUCUUCAUGGAGAUGAUGAUCCCAAUGAAGGAGAGAUAUGUGUGGGUGGGCUCUGCCUUUCAGCAGGAUACUUUAAUUAUCCUUUUGUUUUGCCAUUGGACUAUGUAGAAUUGUCUCAGGGAUUUGAUAGUGAGAGCACUGAUCGUAGAGUUCAAUGCUAUUUUAGAACCGGGGAUUUCGCCAGAAAACUUCAAAAUGGGAACUUUGUUUUUCUAGGGAGAAAAGACCGCACCGUUAAGGUUAGUGGGCAGCGCAUUGCUUUGGAGGAGGUUGAAAAUGUUUUGACGGAACAUCCAGAAGUAGCUGAUGCCACUGUAAUUUUCUGUAAUGACAAGGGGGAUAUUUCACUCCUGGAAGCGCAUCUGAUACUGAAGGAAAACAGUGAACAUGUUGUGACUUUGAGAUCUAUUAUGAAUUGGUUAGCUAAAAAACUCCCUCCGGCUAUGGUUCCUGUUCGUUUCUUCUUCACUGAUUCGUUUCCCAUGUCUUCUGGUGGAAAAGUUGAUUACAACCUAUUGGCUAAUAGCCGUGUAUGCAACACAUGUUUCACUAGUGAGAUUGAUGGAACUCAAGAUCUUGACCUGAUUCAAGCUAUCGAAAAGGCUUUUUGUGAUGGUUUAAAGGUUGAUAAGGUCUCCCAUAAUGCUGACUUUUUUGAGAUGGGCGGUAAUUCUAUCUCUGCUGCAUAUGUAUCUUACACUUUAGGAAUCAAUAUGAAGGAGUUGUAUACUUUUCCAACACCAGAGAGGCUUCAGCUAGCACUUCUAAGAAACAAGGUUUCAUUCAAUCAUGGUCUUGGAUCAGGUUCUUCAAAAGCAGGGAAUUAUGAAGGGCCAAGUAAUAGUAAGAUUUUUUCUGCAGAUUCAAAGGAACACAGUCAUAAUAGAAAGAUACCGCUUAGAGGACAUCCUUUUAAACGCAUGAAGAUGGAUUCAGAUUUGUACAUUGGGUCUAAUAAUGUUGGUGCAAGAGAUUCCUAUUCGAGCUUUGAUCUUAUCAAGUGCUCAUUUAGCCGAUGCAAUCAUGUGAAACAUGUAGAACAAUGUGAGGGGUGUGAAUGCUAUAGUAUGCACACACAGGAAUUUCCAAUUGAUGGAAAAUUUUCAAUACGAGAGUGCUGGAAAGUUCACAUGGAAUCUUGUGUGGAUGCUUCACCACUAGUUGUGCAUAGAAAACGUGAUGUGUACGUGUUUAUAGGGUCUCACUCCCACAAGUUCGUUUGCAUAGAUGCCAAAAGCGGUAUUGUUCAAUGGAUGGUCAAAUUACGAGGAAGAGUUGAAUGCUCAGCCGCAAUUGUUGGUGAUUUUUCUCAGGUGGUUGUGGGUUGUUAUGAGGGGAAUAUUUAUUUUCUGAAUUUUUUAAAUGGCAGCACCCAUUGGAGUUACCAAACUUAUGGAGAGGUCAAAUCACAGCCAGUGGUUGACAAAUCCAGGCACCUGGUCUGGUGUGGGUCACACGACCACAACCUAUAUGCUCUGGACUACGAAAACUAUUGCUGUGUUUUCAAAAUAUCAUGUGGUGGAAGCAUAUUUGGCUCCCCUGCAAUUGAUGAGAUGCAAGGAAAACUUUAUGUGGCAUCAACAAGUGGCCGGCUCACUGCAGUAUCUCAGGAGGCUCAACUAUAUUGUGUGCUAUGGAUAAAAGAUCUGGGAGCCCCUGUUUUUGGGCCGCUUUCCAUAAACACGUCUUGUGGAAUAGUGAUAUGCUGCUUAGUUGAUGGAAGUGUACUUGCUCUGGACGUGAGAGGAUCAAUUGUUUGGAAGGGAAGAACAGGAGGUCCAAUAUUUGCGGGACCAUGCAUGUCGCAUUCAUUGACAUCUCAGGUGCUUGUUUGUUCAAGAGAUGGAUGCAUCUAUUCAUUUAACUUGAAAAACGGGAAAUUGCUCUGGAAACACAGCGUUGAAGAUCCCAUCACUGCAUCAGCAUAUAUCGACGAGCACUUGCUACUGACACAUGAUCGCCAAACCCUGCCGCGGAGGUUCAUCUGUGCAUGCACGAGUUCUGGAAGUAUUCAUGUGCUUCAAGUUGACUCAGAUCGUAAUAAGGCAGCAAGAAAGUCGUCCGGGGGAGAUAUGAUCCAGGAAUUUGCUAAAUUGAAACUUGAAGGUGAAAUCUUCUCUUCCCCUGUGAUGAUUGGCGGAAGCAUAUUUGUUGGAUGCCGGGAUGAUUACUUCCACUGCUUAAAGCUCGAGAUACAAGUUCCCAAUUGAAAACCAAAGUCAAUGCCUUUGUUAUCAUAUGCACACGCCUUAUGGCAGGUCUCUCAACCAUUAACGAUCUCUAUCAAUCCGCAAUUUCCUUCCAAUCUUGCUAGCAAUGUUGGAAAAUCCAUGUGCUGGACUUGGGUCCAUACAUCCUCAUUUUGAAAUCCAUGGUGAUGACUGAUGAGAACAAUCAUCAUAACAGCAGUGCUGCAGUGGCGGUCAGGGGAGAGGGAGUGCUUCCAUCAUUCUCAGGCUCCUUCCAAUCUCCAAAAUAGCGAAGCACGGAUAUAAACGACGAAGUACGUAGUUUGAGACGGCCUUUGCCUCAGAAUGUUAGCACCAGAUUACUUGGUGUCCAUUUAUGAUACGCAGUAUAUAAAAGGGUAUUUGUUAUCAUAAUUAGGAAGAAGGGUUAGAUAUGGAACUUAAAAAUUUACGGCUUUAUAUUAACAAGAAAAGUGCUAUGUAUUUAAAUAACUGAAAUUGAAGCUA